UGUUACGCUGUGCGCUUGCGGUUCUUUUUUUUUAUGUGUACGUAAUGCCACUGAAGGAAUCUAUUAUGAGACGCUAUGGAAGAACUUGUCACGUGUUUUCCGAAGUUGUGCAGACAUGUCUCACAUUCGAGUCCGGCUGGCGAGCAACUUCUCGUUCGUGACCUCUUUUCGCCCCCGAAGUCUAGUGAUUGCAAGAUUUGCAGCAGCAUGUCGGCAUGGAGGCGCUGCAGCCGAACGAAUUGUAUCUGCUUCUGGACUUCAGAGGGCCUCUUUCUCCAGCAGCUCUUGCAGGUGGAUCCCUGCAGUCACUCAACCUGCGCCAGCUUUUAAAGCCACAGCAGUCCAGAAUGGGGAAUUCAAGGAAAUGAGCCUUGCUGACUUCAAGGGCAAAUACUUGGUCCUCUUUUUCUACCCACUGGAUUUCACGUUCGUGUGCCCAACAGAGAUAAUCUCAUUCAGCGACAAGGCCAGUGAGUUCCAUGACAUCAACUGCGCAGUAGUGGGUGUGUCUGUGGACUCUCACUUCACACAUCUGGCAUGGACCAACACUCCUCGCAAGGCUGGAGGCUUGGGCAGCAUUCAUAUCCCUCUCCUCGCAGACCUGAGCAAGCAAAUUUCCAGAGACUACGGCGUGCUGCUAGAGGACCCUGGAAUUGCUUUGAGAGGUCUGUUCAUCAUCGAUCCAAAUGGCAUAGUAAAACACAUGAGCGUAAAUGACCUACCAGUGGGUCGAUGUGUUGAAGAGACACUUCGUCUUGUGAAGGCUUUCCAGUUUGUGGACACCCAUGGAGAGGUGUGUCCAGCGAGCUGGACCCCAAAGUCACCAACAAUAAAACCAACGCCUGAAGGAUCCAAAGAGUACUUUGAGAAAGUCAAUUGAUCGUCAAGCACUACAAGUCCAUGUAGAAUUUUGUUUUAUGGACUGACAUGGAUACAUGCAAAUAAACCUCAUUCCUGAAAAAUAGUAAAA